AAACAAUCGCAGUGUUUCUUCGCCAACGAAAUCUCAUACACCCUCCUCGUCCCCUCCAUCAAAAUCUCAAUCCUCCUACUCUAUCGCCGAAUCUUCACCGUUCGCAACUUUAGAAUCGCGAGCCUUAUCGCCGGCGGUCUAGUCAUAUCAUGGUGUCUCGCUGUCUUUAUCACUGUCCUUCUUCAAUGUCGCCCGAUUGCCCUGAACUGGAACAAAACCUUAGAAGGAACUUGCAUCGACCCGAAACAGUUCUUCUUCGGCAACGCGAUAUCCAAUCUCCUCAUUGAUGUGAUUAUCCUCGCUUUACCGAUUCCGAUGGUUCUACAGCUUCAAUUACGGUUGUCGCAGAAGCUGACUAUUCUGGGUAUAUUCCUUCUUGGUGGAUUUGUCUGUGUCGCGAGUGUUAUGCGAGUCGUUACUCUCGAUAUCUUCGAAACCAUGGAUACGUCAUGUAUGUUCCCUUUAAUUCCUUCUCAAAUCCAAUCGCACUCAACUAAUAUCUCAACCGACAUACAGACUCCGUAAUGGAAGCCGCAACCUGGACCUUCGUCGAACCCUGCGUCGGAAUCAUCUGCGCUUGUUUACCGACCCUUCGACCGCUGCUACGGACACUAUGCUGCUCCUUCUCGUGGAGUACGGACCAUUCCGAUGGUCCACCGGCAAACUAUAGGAUGCAUAGAAUAUCCAGUGCCGCGAAGAAUGAUUCAGCCGGUAGGAGUGACAGGGAAUGGGACAAUAAGCGAUUUGGGGACGAGUUAGCGUUAAUGGGCGGAAGUACAAAAGUAACUAUCAAUGGGGAUGAUGCUUCGAGAUCAUAUGAGUGCGAAUCUAGACUGAAUGGUGCCCUUGGCUGAAGGUUAGACUGAACCAAAGUUGUACUCGGUCUGCUGCGGGUGACACCUCGUAUGAAGUUUGCAUCCUGCGAUGUCAUCAUGUCGACAGCCGCCUAGCCAAACAAUACUUUAUGUAUGUUUUGAAUUGAACAGGACCUGCAGGUCGUUCGAUAUCUGCGAUCCUGGGCCUUUCGCAGGUCAUGUCCGCACAUGUUGAGGAUACACUCAACAUUUGUCUGAGAGAGACAAAAGAAAAAUAAUAGAAAAAAAAAAGAAAAAGAAAACAAGAAAAAA